AUGAUCCUCUGGCGAGAGGUUGGCCAGCAAUUACGCCAUGCUGUGCCCAAGACUGUCGCCGGGGACAUGUGCCUGGCUCCGUCACGGAGAUACCUGAGUCACUCAACAACAUCAUGGAAGACCGGAGUCGCCAACUCGAAUCAAUGGAACUCGAGUACAAGGAGGAGCCUACAGUCACCGUGGCAAGGAUGGAAACGGACUCAGCGUUGCUUUUCCGCCACUGCGCAAGCCGCCCACGGUCACAUUACGCCGCCAAAGCCCGGUGAAGAGAUCAAUGUGACUUUUAUCGACAAGGAUGAAACCAAGAUCAACAUUCAGGUCGCGGAGGGCGAUAACCUGCUGGACAUUGCACAGGCCAACGACCUGGAGAUGGAAGGAGCUUGUGGUGGCUCUUGUGCCUGUUCGACGUGCCAUGUAAUUGUGGAAGACCCCGACAUGUUCGACAAGAUGGAGGAGCCCUCGGACGACGAGAAUGACAUGCUGGACCUGGCUUUCGGGCUGACCGAAACAUCCCGGUUAGGGUGUCAGGUUUUGAUGAACAAGGAACUGGAUGGCUUGGUGGUACGAUUGCCGUCCAUGACACGCAAUCUACAGGCGAGCGACUUUGAAGACAAGAAGAAAUGA